UUUGGUAAAUCGGCACAUAAUUUCUCUCUACUUUCUCGCCGAGAGAAAUCUUGGUUUCAAGAACAAGAACAGAAUCAUCAAAUAGUGAAGGAGAGAGAGCUCAGAACGAAGAACUUCAGAAAUGGGAGAAGAACAAGAGGAUUCACAGAGGCUGAAGAGAGCAGCGGCGGCAGCAUACGACUACGAGAACGAUCCCAGAUGGGCUGAUUACUGGUCCAACAUUCUGAUCCCUCCUCAUAUGGCUUCUCGCCCCGAUGUUGUUGACCAUUACAAGCGCAAGUUCUACCAAAGAUACAUCGAUCCCGAACUUGUAGUAGAGGCCAUGUCUUCAAGUAGUUCAACUCAGUCAUCUAGACCUUCAGCAACAUCUUCCGCAGCACCCCCUCCUACUAAUGAUCGAAGUCGACCACGGAGUUCAGGAUCAACGACGACUAGGACUUCAGGUACAUCUGCAAGUGCAGAUGCUAAUCCAACUCCGUUGCGCUGGGAUCGACAAACAAUUCAGUUUUCUGUCAAUGCAUGGGUGUUUAUUGUGGCUGUCCUAGCAAUUUUCCCCCUAAUACCCAAAAAUCUUUCGCAGAGGGCAUACAGGCUAUCUUUUAUGGGCACAACUUGUUCUUCCUUAUAUUCUUUGUACUCGUUGUAUGGAAAGCCCAGGGCGUGGAAUUUGCAAGCACUGCAAGCUUAUUUCCAGUCCAUAAUUGCAACAAAAGAUUUCAUUUACUUCACUUACUGUAUCACCUUUGUGACUUCAAAUAUUUGUCUUAAAUUUGCUUUAAUUCCUAUCCUAUGUCGGGCACUUGAACAUGUUGCAAAGUUUCUUAGGCGUAAUUUUGCACGUUCAUCCUUAUACAGGAAAUAUUUGGAAGAGCCUUGCGUAUGGGUGGAGUCAAAUUCAACUACUCUUAGCAUCCUAUCUUCACAGGCUGAGAUUGGACUUGGCUUCGUUCUAAUCAUCUCUUUGCUCUCGUGGCAACGCAACUUCUUACAUACAUUCAUGUACUGGCAGCUGCUAAAGCUCAUGUAUCAUGCUCCUGUCACUUCUGGGUAUCAUCGUAGCGCCUGGUCCAAUAUUGGGAGGGUUGUUUCUCCGUUGAUCUACCGUUAUGCUCCAUUCCUCAAUACUCCUCUUUCAAUGGCGCAAAGAUGGUGGUUCAGGUAGAAGCUAAAUAGAGGAAGAAGAUGCGAGUCUGAUGUAUGAAAAGUGUUAGACUAAUCCCAGUAGUGACUCUCCCACUUUUUCAAGCUAAAAAUUGGUGUCACAAUGUCUUGAAAAGCAUCUCUAUAACAUGGAAUGGAUGACAUUCUCACUUGGGUCUAUGGAUCAAGUUUGGCUUCCAAAUGCAACUUCUUAUAUGUUUAGUAUUGAUAUACAUUCUACUUGUUAGGAGAUUGUUAUGUUUGGAAUGUGUGGGUUUUCUAUCCUGCCUGAAGGUUGCUCAUGGUCGUGGCUAUAUGCACUCUGUUCAUGGUGAUGGAGGGAAGGUUCAUUAUUUCUUUCAUUUUGUAGACUUCAUGUCUAACAUUUAAUAUCUAAUGAGCUUCUAGAAAUAGAUCUUUGGAUCACAAUUAAAAGGAAAUAUUAUACAUCUCCAAUAAAUAAUUGCACUAUUAUCUCA